AGCCGUCCGGCCGCGCCGCACUAUUCUAUCUCACUAACGAGCGACAACCCUACAGAUUCGACUUUCCUACGUGAAUAUUGUUCAAGUGAAAAAGUAAAAAAACUUUGUGACUUUAAAUAGUGGGUUUUUUCUUUAAAUUUAAAAACGAAUCUCGGUGUUAUUGGUUUAUUCGGUUAAGAGAAAAUAUUAGAUUUAAUUAUAGUUGUAUAUAUUGAAUUAAGUGACAUAAAAUAUCGAAAAUUCUAAGAUAAUUUCCGUUGAUCUUACAGUUUUAACACUUAAAUUUUUUAUUGUAAAGUGUACAUAUAUAAAAUAGUUGUUAAAUAUUUAAUUUUAUAUGUAUAAAAAAGGGACAUACGUAUAAGUUAAGUUCGGAUAAUAUGCUAGUGUUGUGACGUACAUUGCAAUAGUGACUAAUGACUUUGAAAAACUCGCGGGAGAUCUUUUUCCCCGGAUUUGGAUCAACGCUGGCUCUCGGCCAGGUCGUGUGCAAGCGAAAUUAACUCUUAUGUUAAAAACUUUCAAAGAAUAUCCCACAAGCAAUGCCCAGAACAAAGAGAAGACAUCACAAAAAGUACAAGGUACGGUAAACCAUACGAGAUGAACCGCUAGCACCAUGCUUGAAGACGGUAGCCGGGAGCUCUCGAAGCGUGCCUACUGCAAGACUGAGAUAGGCUUCGUCGAAGAACCGAAAUGCUGCUUCCAAACUAGAAGGGGCAUCGAUGACUCCAAAUUUUUCUGCUGCCGUUGCGUCCAUAAACGAAGAGCCUCCCCUUUGACCUGUUUAGCAAUUUGCUUCCUUGUUCUAACUUACAACCUUCUCGGUGGAUUUUUAUUUCUCGCAAUAGAAGGUAACACAGUGACAGAGGAAACAGCUGUGGCCGCAUCGAAGCCUAACCUCAGUCAAUCUCAGGGUACCAGCAAUGAUUUGCGUUCCAAAACUGUGGAGAGACUUUGGUCUAUAACAGAAGACUUGAAUAUCUUGUACAAAGAGAACUGGACGAAGCUGGCUGCGAAAGAGUUAAUGGAUUUCCAGAAAGUGCUAAUCAAGACAAUCAGAGGAGGUGCUACACUCGAAAACAGAGCAAAUUAUCACCACGAAGGUGAUUACAGAUGGACGUUCUCAAGCAGCUUUCUGUAUGCUCUGACACUAAUUACUACUAUAGGUCACGGGAACGUCACACCGCAGUCUACAAUAGGCAAGCUAGUAGCAGUCGCGUAUGCAUGCAUCGGCAUACCAAUUAUUAUGCUCUACCUUUCAACUAUUGGUGAAGCGCUCGCGAGGAAUUUCAGGAUCUUCUACUCCAAGAUUUGUCCUUCAACAUUGAAGAAUGGGAAUUUUCACUCGAAGGCCGACUGUUUGAGUCGAUAUACAGUACCUGGUGCGGAAUGCAAACAGUAUAGCGACUGUGAUAAAAGAGAUAAAUACUGCAACGAGCGACAGGGCCGUACGCCAUUCCAGGCCGCCCUCAAUCUGGACAGUUUUAGUGGAGGCUAUCAUUGGACGUGUAGGGACCACACGCGAGUGCCAAUUAUCUUAAGUUUACUACUUAUCAUAAUAUAUAUAGCUUUAGGCACUAUUGUGUUUCAUACUACUGAAAAGUGGAGUUAUAUCGAUGGGUACUACUUCUCGUUUUCGAGUCUCGCGACGAUCGGUUUCGGUGAUCUAAAACCUGGACAUUACGCAAGCACCGUAUCAGCGAAAGCUGAAGAUAUAGCCAUCGGAGUAUGUUGUAUAUACAUUUUAGUAGGAAUUGUUAUCAUUGCUAUGUGUUUCAAUUUAAUACAAGAAGAUAUGAGCUCAGCUCUAAGAAAUUUCACGGCGCUUUGUACAGGAGGCUCGAAGUCUCGUGCAGUGCAUAGUGUGGAAAAAAUUUGCGACGACAAAAUAUCGAUGUCGGUUGUAUCCUGACAUCGAGAGACGGCCGACACUGGGCCAUCGGUUGCGUUCGCCAACUGCCAAGAGAAACGUCAGCAGGUGACGUUUAAAAUCGAUAGUUUGAACCCGACGAAGUUCAACAGUCUACCGAGACGAAAAUCCUCGAAUUACGGGGAGGAAAGCUUUCAAAGGAACACCCCAGUGCGUCGGUCGGCUGGUCACGCUGAAAAGUGUAUAGAAUACUUUGUGCCGCGGAGUUUGAGCGAAUUUAACUUGAGCGGAGUUGGUGGUGAACUGUGUGAGUUGUCUUCUUUCGGUGAUAGGGGUAAGGUUCAGGAAGGAAAGGGACAAAAUGUGGGCAGUAGUAAGACUCGGGACAAGAUGGUGACAUUUGAGGAUGACCGGCCUCAGGGCAAAGCACUCGCCGACGACGUCUUUAUGUGACGACGACGCACAGUACAUGUAGAUAUAGGUUUGUUGGUUUGGACACAAUUUGUUACACAAUAAAUAUGAAGUUUUGUACAUGA